ACGCAUGCGUACUUUAUUUUUCAGUUGUAACUCGAAAAUGGCGUCAGCCAAAUCUCUAGAGGAAAUGCUAACCACAGAUGUGGAUGAGUCAGUAGUAAGCGAAUUAGUAGGGUCUUUAGAGUCACAACUCUCAUCUUCUGGGAUUCAUGCUCCGAAUCAAGAACUCGGCGUCAGUUCAGCAACCACGAAUCACGUCAAUAGUGUGCCAGUUUCGGACGGUCUCCAGCGCCUGCCGCACGACGGACAAAAACACGGUGUGGCUGCAGCGCUUGCAAAUUCAUGCCCGAGCAUCGUGGUGUCGAACUUUGGAAAGACGAUCGCGACCACGUCUCACAUUGUUGGCGUUAGUAGUUGCGCGUCUUCGCCGGCCACUUCAACGAACACUGUGAUGGUGACUUUGCCUGGCGCUCUCCCAGCUAGCGGCUACAUAAACCAAGUUACUGGCACGACGCAGCAGGCUUUGCUGAACACAUCGCUUGUGCGCCCGAUCAGCAACUCGGACAUAAAGAUUGUGUAUUCGCCGCAGGGCCACUUUAACGCGGCCAAUCUGGCUGCCGUCAAUAACGCUGUUAUCCAGCAACGGGGCAAUGUGAAAAUACAGGGUGUCCCGAACGGAAGCACAGCUAUCCGUUCCAGCCCGCAUACGCCCGCCACAACUCCUGGCCUUAGUGCCAUUCACAAUCUGGCGAACGUGGCUUCGCAGCAAACGCCUCUCAUCAUCAGCCAACCCACCAAGCCACGCAUCGUCGUCGACCCGAAGGAUCCGAAGGCCGCAUUCAAGCCGCAGAUCCUCAUCAAGCAGGAGCCGCCGACCGCCUCCUCGGUGGGCCAAGAGUUCCUGCGCUGCUCUUCGCCCGCUGCGGGCGUCAUUCAGGCGUCGAAGGCCGGUCCGCAGCCCGUUAGCGUUGUCACGCAGGUUGUGUCCAGUCCUAGCAUCUUACCACCGGGCGUGCAGAUCGUCAACGUGAACCCUGGCCGGCCCGGAGCGCCAAGCGUCGUCGGCCAGAAGACGCUGGCGCCCCGGGUCGUCAUCGGCAGCCCUGUGCGGUUGGCUCCGCAGAUGCUGGCUGCCCGACCAGGAGCUCCGUCCGUUCAGAGAUACCGCUACCAUAGGCCUCCUGAACAUGACAACACUAUCACACUUCAGCCAGGCAUGAUGCGUGGCACCCUGCUUGUGAAAACAGAAAAUGGGCAACUGCAAGUCGUCAACGUGGCACCCAGCCUGCCACCAAACUCUUCCGCUGCUACUAUGUCAGGAGCACCCACUUACCGGCUGCAGUCUGUACAGAAUUGCAGACACCAAACUCCUCUAGUUCGUCGUGCUCCUAUUCACGAGCACAUGAAACAGGCAUGGCCGCAUCUUCCGAACCUUGGGACCCAACCUGUGCAGCAGCUUCAAGGCAGAAAAUCCAAUGCGACGCCAAUGGUGGGAACGGUUCUGCAGCAGGGUCAGCCAAGUAUCAACAUUGUGCCUACAGUGCCCAGUAGCACCCCAAUCCAAACACUGGGGCAGCCGCUGGCACAGCAAACUGUCACGGUUAAGGUGGCAGCCACUACUACUACAGCCUCUGUUACACAGCCUCUCACCAUUCAAACAACUGUUGCUAACAGCCAGUCUGCUGCCACAACACCGUCUCAGAUGUCUCCAAACACUGCCAAGAAAAAAUGCAAGAAUUUUCUGUCCACUUUGAUACGGCUUGCCAGUGAUCAGCCAGAACAAGUUGCCUCCAAUGUCAAGGGUCUCAUCCAGGGACUCAUUGAUGGAACGAUUCAGCCUGAAGACUUCACAAAUCAGCUUCAAAAGGAGCUCAACUCUUCGCCACAGCCAUGCCUUGUACCUUUUUUAAAAAAAAGCCUUCCAUACCUGCGACACUCUCUUAUGACAAAAGAGCUCACCAUCGAAGGAGUGCGGCCGCCACCACAGGGUGCAGUUACGCUGCCAUCAACACCUACCAUCAUCCCAAAUAUCCAGCAAGUGGCUGGAGUGGCGCGCCCAACAGUACCUCAUGCGGCAACUCAAGUACGGGUGAUGACACCAGCAACAGGUGGCCUAGCAGCACAGCUGGCUAACACAGCAAACAUCCAGGGUGUCCUGGCACAGCACCAGCGGCUGGUUACGCCACGACCAGCAACAACAGUUGUAGCUCCUGGAACGAAAAGUUUGUUGGUGGCCAAGACAAGCAACUUGACGGCAGCUUUGUCACCAGCCACUGUUGGAGCACUGCAGACCAAGGUGGCCACGCCUGUGGCAACUAGGACACCUGUUGCUGCCCUCAAAGAAAAACGUACCUAUUCUUCACUCAGGGACGAUGACGACAUCAACGAUGUGGCAGCUAUGGGUGGCGUCAACCUCGUCGAAGAGAGCCAGAGAAUUCUCGCGUCUAAUGCAGAGAUUGUUGGAACACAGAUCAGGUCCUGUAAGGAUGAGAACUUCCUCUUCACGAACCCCUUGCAAAGGAGGAUCACAAGUAUAGCUGUCAAAUAUGGCAUUGAAGAAAUACCAUCGGACGUUGUUGCCCUAAUCUCCCAUGCCACUCAAGAACGGUUAAAAACACUUGUGCAGAAGCUGGGUAUUGUGGCUGAGCAUCGUCUUGAAAACAUCAAGACUGACUCUCGAUAUGAAGUGACCCAGGACGUGAAGGCACAGCUCAAAUUUUUGGAAGAACUAGACAGGUUAGAGAAGAAAAGGCAUGAAGAGCAGGAGAGAGAAAUUUUGCUUCGGGCUGCAAAGAGUCGGUCGAAAAUGGAGGAUCCAGAGCAGCUCAAGCUGAAACAGAAGGCGAAAGAGAUGCAAAAGGCAGAAAUGGAGGAGAUGCGGCAAAGAGAAGCAAAUAUGACUGCCCUUCUGGCCAUUGGUCCACGGAAGAAGCUGAAAACAGAAAACAGUGGGAAUGCAGCGGGUGGCCUUGGCACUGGUUCUGGCCUCAACAACUCAUUCUCAAAACUUCCGAUGCGGCCAAGAGUGAAACGAGUCAACUUGAAGGACAUAUUGUUUCUUAUGGAGCAAGAGCGCGAUAGCAUACACAGUACACUGCUCUACAAGUCCUAUCUCAAAUAGAAAGUGGCACACAUGCAAUUGCACCUUGGACACACAAGUGGCUUUCCACCUAGAAACCACUAGCUCUCAGUGGACCGAGUGCGCACUUCUAAAAGUUUCAUCCACUGCCCACCCUGAUAUGUUGACUUGUGCCAGCCAUGUCUCAACUGCUGCCUGCUUAGCAGUACACUUUGUUGAUUUUUACCCCCGUAUUCUCAAACAAGCCUCAACUUGAAGUUCAUCCUUCACUCAACUGGGUUGACCACAGUGCCGCCGCUCGACUGAAAAUGACACCAUGCUUCCCAACGAUUGCUGCCGAUUAUCACUCAUGUGCGGUGACCCCUUCUGCCAAGGGGCGACGCUGCCAUCGACUUUCUCAAGUUGAGGUGGAGCACUGAGUGGAGGGAAGUUCUAGAAUACGGGGGUAGAUUGUUCUUUUACUUUGUUGUUCUAAGGUCUAGAUUUCGUGCAAAAAGGAAAAUGGGAUGAGCACAGCAACAAGCUGCAUUUAGAAAAAGUGAUAAGUUCUGUAAUGUGGAUUUGUAUUCUGGCUUUGUCAUGCACAGAUGCAGAGAAAAUGGAUGGAACUAAUUUUUUUUGCCUAAGAUGACUUAAAUAUAGUAUGCACAUGUUAUUUCUCUUUUUCUUUUUUUUUCUCUCUCUUUGAAAGGUUCUUGUCAUGGUCUUCCAUCUUAUGUUUAGUUAAUUGGCAGAUAUGUGCAUUACUGAAAAGCUGUUUGCUUUGGGCUGUCAAGGCUGCAUCUGGCUACAAGCAUACAAUUUUUUUUUUCAUUUGUAUGCAAGGAUGUGGCAAGCUCAAGAAAAUUUCAGGCUAAUGAACGCUUGUUCAAUUAAUGGAAGAGUGCUCCCCAUCUACUUAUAAAUAAUUGUUACACAUUUUCUUUGUCCUGUCCCACAUGUUGUAUAUAUGUUUAUAUUGCAAAUAGUAAUAUCUUUAUAUGUACAAGUUUUCUUGAUUUUUUUUUUGUUUCAACUAUGUAUAGGUCAUGCUUUGUUCAACACAGGAGUAUUUAUGCUGUCGUAACUUCUGUGAUAUGUGUAAAUUUCUCAUGCAAGAGCAAAGAAAGAAGUGAGGCUUUGCAAAAUUGUUGAGCGUUGGAAACAUUUUUAACCUGAUGCAAUUGUCAACUUGAUGCAGGCAGAGUAGUACGUUGAAUUGUAUCGUACCCUUUUUUUUAUGCCUUCUUGAUCACCUUUUUCACCGCCACUUACUUUCUGUUCGGUGCUGUUCAGAAGUUCUUGCAUUGGCGCAGCUUCUGCUGUAGGUAGAACUGACCAUGUCAAGCAUGUACUACCUGCAAGUGAAUUGCAGUGCUUGUAAAUAUCAUUUUUAGCCUCUGUGAAAACAUAAUGUGCACUGUAAUGUAAGUAUGCCACAUGCAUAAAAGAUUUUGUUUUAGUUCACAAACACAUCAUGUUAACCUUUGAUACCAGAUAGUUAGCUUAUAUUUCAUAGUUGCUUGUAAAUUACAAAGAAAUAACCAUAUGUAUGCACAUGUUUCAAGAGAUAUUUAAUAAGAUUUUAUUGUUGAGGGGACACGGUCCUUGAAGGAAUUUGUAAUUACUGUGUGUUUUUGAACUGUAAUGUAAUUGCAAUGGGACUUUUUUAUGCUAAAGUCGUUCCUGCAUAAAGAAUGAGCAUGGUA